AUGGGAGUAAAUUUCAAGGACAUUCGGUAUGUUGUUCAUUAUGGCCCUCCUCGCUGUAUAGAAGAUUUCGUUCAGGAGAUUGGUCGUGCUGGUCGUGAUGGAGAAAAGGCUGUUUCAGCCCUCUUUUUCCAAGGGAAACACCUCAAGAAGUGCGACAAAGCAGUCAAAGCAUAUGUGAAAGUUAACACAUGUCUAAGAAACAUUGUGUUGGAAGACUUUGAAGAGAAAGUAACUAGUGGAAAUCAUACAUGCUGUCUGUCAUGCCAUCUUAACUGUCAUUGUAGUAGCGAGGAGAAGUGUGAAGUUGCUGUUCCUUUUCAACAUCAUACAAUCGUUUCUCUGCAAAGAAAUCAACAGGUGUGCCAAAAAGGAAGACAACCUUAGAACAACGCAAACUGCUUGAACAACUUCUACUGGAUAAACAGAGGAAACUGGCAGCAAAAUGUUCUUUUUAUUAUAUGUCAAGUGAAUGUACCACUGGGUUCAGUACCAACUUGAUAAAGUCAGUUUUGAAACACUGUAAAUACAUUUUUAAUGUAGAGUAUAUUAUGGACAACUUGCCUGUUUUUAAGUAA